AUGACAAUUUUAAAUAGAUUUUGUAGGACAAUUUUAUUAACUAAUUUAGAAUUAACAAAUUGUGGUAUUAGAAAAAAUAAUAGUUAUAAAUGUAGAUCUUUUACACAUACAAUUAAUAUAGAUACAAAUCAUAUCGUUCCUAUACAUACACAAUCAAAUAUAACAUUGGAAUUAUUUCAACCAAAAAUUUCAGUUGUUGGAGUUGGUGGAGGUGGUGGAAAUGCAGUUAAUCAUAUGAUAUCACAAAGUUUAGAAGGUGUUGAAUUUUUUGUAUGUAAUACAGAUAGCCAAGAUUUAAUUAAAUCAAAUAGUAUAAAUAAGAUUCAAUUAGGACCUCAAUUAACCAAAGGUCAUGGUGCGGGUGCAAAUCCAGAAAAAGGUAGAUUAGCAGCAGAAGAAUCAAAAAAUAAAAUUAUUCAAACUUUUAAAGAUACAGAUUUAUUAUUUUUAGCAGCAGGUAUGGGUGGUGGUACUGGUACUGGUUCUUCACCAAUAAUUGCAAAAACAAUUAAAGAGUUUAAAAAAGAAACAAUUAUAGUUGGUGUUGUAACUGUACCAUUUAAUUUUGAAGGUAAAAGAAAAGAAAUUAUAGCAAAGAAAGGAUUAGAAGAGUUGAGUAAAUAUGUUGAUACUUUAGUUGUUAUAUCAAAUCAAAAUCUAUUGGAUGCAAGUAAAUCUGAUAUUCAAUUGGAACAAGCAUUUUUAAUGGUUGAUGAAAUAUUGCAUACUGGAAUUAGAUCAAUUGCAAAUAUUAUUAAUGUACCUGGUAUGAUUAAUUUGGAUUAUAGUGAUGUUGUAAAUAUUUUAAAAAAUAGAAAAGGUUUAUCAAGAAUUGGAUUUGGUGAAGCAUCUGGUGAGGAUAGAGCAUAUAAAGCAGUACAUAAAGCAAUUAAGAAUCCAUUAAUUGAAAUUGAUGAUCAGAAAUUCACUGGUUUAUUAGUUAAUAUAAGUGGUGGUAAUGAUAUAACUUUAAAUGAAAUUAGUAAAACUAUAAAUUAUUUACAACAAAAUGCUGAUCCUGAUGUUCAAGUUUUCGUUGGUCAUACUGUUGAUAAUUCUUUAUUAGGUAAAAUAAGAAUUUCUUGUUUAUUUGUACAUUAA